GUUUUCCAGUUUUUCUGAGUUUCGGACCAGGAUCAGGAUGAGCUCUGUGAUCCCGGUGGUGGACUUCAGCGCCUGGAGCCUGGACGUGGACCUGGUUCCGGACCAGAACCCGGAGGCUCUGGGCCGGACUCUGGAAGAGGCCUUCACCAGGGUCGGGUUCGUGUUCCUGGAGAACACGGGGAUCCGGCAGGACGAGGUCGAUCGGGUCAUGGACGUUUCUCUGAAGUUCUUCCAUCAGCCUGAAGAUGAGAAGAAACCGUUCAGCAGGAAAACCUUCAGCAACAACCUGAACCACGGCUGGGUUUCCAUGGAGACGGAGAGGUUGAAUCCUCGUCGUCCCGGAGACUUAAAGGAGUCGUUCAACGUGUCCUCGUUUCAUCCUGACAUAAAGUGGCCGUCGUCUGCAGAUCUGACCAGUUUCCAGCAGAUCCAGACGUCCUUCUUCAAUCGAUGUAAAGAUCUGAGUCUCCGGGUUCUGACCGUCAUGGCCCGAAGUCUGGACCUGGACCCGGAGGUUUUCCUGAACGCCCACCGUCUGAUAGGGACCGACGCCAACGGUUCCACACUGCGUUCCCUGUUCUACCCUCCAGUGAACUGUGAACGGGUUAAAGACGGUCAGCUCAGAUGUGGAGAACAUUCUGACUACGGCAGCAUCACCCUCCUGUUCCAGGGUUCUGAAGGUCUGCAGGUUCGCAGUCAUUCAGGUGAGUUCCUCUGCGUUCCCACAAUCCCCGGCGCCGUCCUCGUCAACAUCGCAGACCUGAUGCAGCGUUGGACCAGCGACCGCUUCAUCUCAGUGGUCCACAGGGUUCUGCUGCCCCCUGCUGGCGACUCCAGAACCCGACAGUCACUGGCGUUCUUCGUUCAACCGGACGACGACGCCCUGAUCUGCUGCUGCAACGGAUCCGAUAAAUAUCCUCCGGUUUUAUCGUCCGAUUACCUCAAUGACAAGUUCAACGACUCGUACGGACGAAGCUGAGGAUUAAACCAAGGUUUAAUUUAACGGAUCCAACAGUUUAAUGACGUCUGAACAUCAGCUUUUAACGAUCAUCACUGUUUUCAUCUGAGAUUAAAUGAAGAUCAUCAGUGAAAAACAAAAUCUGAACAAUCAUCAAAUUACAACAAGAAACUCAAUAAAACGAAAGAUUAUUGAAAGAAAUGUCACUUUUAUUCCUUCACACUUUAAAGAGACAAAAAAAUGCAAUAAAAACAUGAAAAUGACCUAAAAGACAUGAUAGAAAGACGAAAAAGGUGUGAAAAAAAAACCAAU